ACCCUAUCUGCUUCUUCCGCGAUUUUCAUUUUUUCUGCAGCUGGAACUUUUGCUGGUACUUGUCUAGUCGUCUUCUCCUCUCGUUCUGUAUCAACACAAACGACGGCGUUGAGAGCUCCUCCGGUCCGCAUAUACACUUGGGCAAAUGUCUUUGGUUUGUAGCUCUAGGCUAAUAAGCAGAGAUUAUGGGGUUUUCUUAAUUUCUCCAACCCCGUCGUCGUCCUCUUUCGCAACAUAUACGACGUUUUCGUUUUCAUUGGGGCAUCCUGUACUAUUUAAUAAGUUCCCACCAAUACCAUGUCGUCGACCACCCUUGUCUUCUUCCUCGCCGUCGAGGAGACGAACCCUAGUUUGUUCCAAGUCAUCUGAAGAAGAAGAAGAAGAGGUAUCCUCUGGUGGAACACAAGUGGACGAGUGGUUACAGAGACUGCCGGAUAAGAAAAAGCCCUUGUACUCUCAUAGCUUGCCUUGCGUGGAGGCAUGGUUGAGGAGCUUAGGGUUUCAUCAGAGCAAAGAGGAUAGAGCUGUUUGGUUUGUGGAGAAUCCUGAUUGGCAUGCCCAGCUCUCCCUUGAUGUCACGGACCUCUACAUUAGGUACCUAAAGAGUGGACCAGGAAAUUUAGAAAAAGAUGUUGAAAGGAGAUUCAGUUAUGCACUAUGUAGAGAGGAUAUUGAGAAUGCCAUACUUGGAGGGCCAUAAGGAUGAGAAAAUGCAGAUCCAGUUUUACUGUCUGUUCCACAUUCAGAGGGUUAGAGGAUCCAGAUUGACCAGUAGGUGAAGAAUUUUUUCUCAGGAUUGAUGAUGCAAUAAUUUGAUUUUUUUUUUAUUUUUUUUACUCCAGGCGUGGUCAAAUAAUUUUCCUGUGUUUUGUACAACCCUUCGGGGGGUUUUUUUUUGAAAAUAUUUUUCCUUGAAUAGAAAAAUAAGUGCAUGUAAAAACGUAAACAGACAGACUGGUAGUGAAGGAGCUCGGAACAGAUUUUAGAAUAUUCCUUAAUUUUCGGAGAUUGGUACAGCAAUGUUGCCCGCCCUUGGUACGAGAUUAGAUUCAGGGACUUUUGAUUUAUACAAAAUAGCUUUUGUUUCACAAAUAUAUAAAGUGUGUUGGGAUAGAGUAUUGUUUGAAA